CGGCCGGCCCCUGAGCCACUUACUUUUCCUCGAGGGACCCAGGCUGCUGCCACCACCGAGGCCCCAAGGCCCUUGAGAGCCCAGAAAGAAGUGAAGCCCAGAGUGGCUGGCUGCCUGGGGUAGAGUGGAGAGGCUGGAGGAAGCAGGGCCAGGGAGCCUGGCCUGAAGCUGGAGCCAUAUUCCUGCCCUGACCGACAGAGCCAGGGGACUCAGCAGGCAGCAGGACCAGCGCUGGGGUGAGCACCCCCUCGGGGUCCAUGUGCCCGCCCCAAGCCCAGGCGGAGGUGGCUCCCACCAUGACUGAGAAGGCUGAGAUGGUGUGUGCCCCCAGCCCAGUGCCUGCGCCACUCCCCAAGCCUGCCUCCCCUGGGGCCCCCAAGGCAGAGGAGGUGGGCCACCAAGGUGUCUCGUCCCCCAGGCUGCCCCCUGGUGUCCCAGUGAUCAGCUUGGGCCACACGAGGCCCCCAGGGGCAGCCAUGGCCGCCACAGAGCAGAGUGCCCUCCGGCCCCCAGUGCUGCAAUUCUCCGCCCUGGGAAGUGCCCCAACCCCUCUGGCCCUGCAUUACCAUCCUCACCCCUUCCUCAACAGCCUCUACAUUGGGCCGGCAGGACCUUUUAGCAUCUUCCCUAGCAGCCGGCUGAAGCGGAGACCGAGCCACUGUGAGCUGGAGCUGGCUGAGGGGCAGCAGCCCCAGAAGGUGGCCCGGCGUGUAUUCACCAACAGUCGCGAGCGCUGGCGGCAACAGAACGUGAACGGCGCCUUCAUGGAGCUCAGGAAGCUGCUGCCCACGCACCCUCCCGACCGGAAGCUGAGCAAGAACGAGGUGCUCCGCCUGGCUGGCUGUGAGCCCAGAGGUGCGGUGACCUCCAUCGCCUCCCAGCCAUGA